AUGCUAACCAUGCUUGGAACCACGCUUGUGCGGGCCGCGAGAAGUGCGGCAAGGCCAAACGGCGCUGCGCUGGUUGCGCGGCGGUCCACAAGCGGCUUGUCUGGCCACGACCUGAUUCCCCAGAUGCCAAGCAAGGCCAGCGUUCUUGUGUUUGCAGGCAUCACCGUUGUGCUUCCCACAGUGGUGUAUGCCGGUGCCUCGGCGGCAAAGAACAUUGUACAAUACGUGGAAGACAACGACAUCUGGAGGCCAGAGGAAGACGACGACUAG